AUGCAACCUGUCAGUGUCUGGCAGUGGAGCCCCUGGGGGCUGCUGCUGUGCCUGCUGUGUAGCUCAUGCCUGGGGUCUCCGUCCCUGUCCAUGGACCUUGAGAAGAGGAACGGAAGCCAGGGACUGCGGUUCCGGCUGGCCGGCUUCCCCAGGAAGCCCUACGAGGGCCGUGUGGAGAUACAGCGUGCUGGCGAAUGGGGCACCAUCUGUGAUGAUGACUUCACACUGCAGGCUGCUCACGUCCUCUGCCGGGAGCUGGGCUACACAGAGGCCACAGGCUGGACCCACAGUGCCAAGUAUGGCCCUGGAACAGGCCGCAUCUGGCUGGACAACAUUAACUGCCGUGGAACUGAGCAGAGUGUGACCGAAUGUGCCUCCCGGGGCUGGGGGAACAGUGACUGUACCCAUGAUGAGGAUGCUGGGGUCAUCUGCAAAGACCAGCGCCUCCCUGGCUUCUCAGACUCCAAUGUCAUCGAGGUAGACCAUCAAUUGCAAGUGGAAGAGGUGCGGCUUCGAGCAGCUGUUGGGCGGGGCAGGCGACCGCUGCCUGUGACUGAGGGACUGGUCGAAGUUCGGCUCCUUGAGGGCUGGUCGCAAGUGUGUGAUAAAGGCUGGAGUGCCCACAACAGCCAUGUGGUCUGCGGGAUGCUGGGCUUCCCUAGCGAAAAGAGGGUCAACACGGCCUUCUACAGGCUGCUGGCCCAGCGGCAGCAACACUCCUUUGGUCUGCACGGGGUGGCAUGUGUUGGCACGGAGGCCCACCUCUCCCUCUGCUCCCUGGAAUUAUAUCGUGCCAAUGACACCAUCAGGUGCCCUGGGGGGGCCCCUGCAGUGGUGAGCUGUGUGCCAGGCCCUCUCUAUGCUGCAUCCAGUGGCCAGAAGAAGCAACAACAGUUGAAGCCUCAAGGGGAGGCCCGUGUGCGUCUAAAGGGUGGAUCCCACCCUGGAGAGGGCCGGGUGGAAGUCCUGAAGGCUGGCACAUGGGGCACAGUCUGUGACCGUAAAUGGGACCUCCAGGCAGCCAGUGUGGUGUGUCGGGAGCUGGGCUUUGGGAGCGCUAGAGAGGCUCUGAGUGGUGCCCGCAUGGGGCAGGGCAUGGGUGCCAUCCACUUGAGUGAAGUGCGAUGCUCUGGACAGGAACCAUCCCUCUGGAAGUGCCCUCACAAGAACAUCACAGCUGAGGACUGCUCCCAUACCCAGGAUGCUGGGGUGCGAUGUAACCUGCCCUACACUGGGGUGGAAACCAAGAUCCGACUCAGUGGGGGCCGCAGCCGAUACGAAGGGAGAGUUGAGGUGCAAAUUGGAGGACCUGGGCCCCUUCACUGGGGCCUCAUCUGCGGGGAUGACUGGGGGACACUGGAAGCCAUGGUGGUCUGUAGACAGCUAGGCCUGGGCUAUGCCAACCACGGCCUGCAGGAGACCUGGUACUGGGACUCAGGGAAUGUGACAGAGGUGGUAAUGAGUGGAGUGCGCUGCAAAGGCACCGAGCUGUCCUUGGACCAAUGUGCCCAUCACAGCACCCCCAUCACCUGCAAGAGGACAGGAACCCGUUUCACUGCUGGAGUCAUCUGUUCUGAGACUGCGUCCGAUCUGCUGCUGCACUCAGCGCUGGUGCAGGAGACAGCCUACAUCGAAGACCGGCCCCUACACAUGUUGUACUGUGCUGCCGAAGAGAACUGCCUGGCCCGCUCAGCCCGCUCAGCCAACUGGCCUUAUGGCCACCGACGUCUCCUCCGAUUCUCCUCCCAGAUCCACAACCUGGGACGAGCUGACUUCAGGCCUAAGGCUGGGCGCCACUCCUGGGUGUGGCACGAGUGUCAUGGGCAUUACCACAGCAUGGACAUCUUCACUCACUAUGAUAUUCUGACCCCCAAUGGCACCAAGGUAGCUGAGGGCCACAAAGCUAGUUUCUGUUUAGAAGACACCGAAUGUUACGAGGAUGUCUCUAAGAGGUACGAGUGCGCCAACUUUGGAGAGCAGGGCAUCACCGUGGGUUGCUGGGAUCUAUACCGGCAUGACAUCGACUGUCAGUGGAUUGACAUCACAGAUGUGAAACCAGGAAACUACAUUCUACAGGUGGUCAUCAACCCAAAUUUUGAAGUAGCAGAGAGUGACUUCACCAACAAUGCAAUGAAAUGUAACUGUAAAUAUGAUGGACAUCGCAUCUGGGUGCACAAUUGCCAUAUCGGUGAUGCCUUCAGUGAAGAGGCCAACAAGAGAUUUGAGCGCUACCCUGGCCAGACCAACAACCAGAUCAUCUAAGGUGCCACCACCCUCCUCUGCAAACCACCACUGGCCCCUAAUGGCAGGGGUUUGAGGCUGCCAUUACCUCAGGAGCUUACCAAGGAACCCCUGAUGUCAACAGGCUCACUGCACUCCCCAGUUGUGUACGACAGAUAAGGAACUGUCAAGCAGACGUUAUCACCCUCCUUCUUAGGCCAGCUGUCAGUAAAUGUUGUCCAGCAUGGGUAAUCUUUGUUUGCAGGCCCAACACCAAGCCAAGCCUAUCACAAAGCAGUGUCUAACUGCCCAUAAUGAUGGAUGGCUGUGGCUAGUUAUCUUGAACAGGAAGAUCAGGACGGUCAGCUCCAGUAUCUUCCUCAGUUCAGAGGGGGAUACAGCCUUACCUCUAGCUUUUGGUGAGGGAAAAUCCAGCCCCCUCCCCUUGUUUUGACUAUAACAUGUUGCUAGAUAUAAUUUUAUUUUAUAUAAAAAGUGUUUUUGUGA